AUGCCACCGAUCACAUCCUACACACCGCAGUCGGUGUGGUCACUCUCCGAACUCGCGACUAUCUCCCUAUCCCCUACGACGGUCCCGGAUAUGCAGCGCUCUCUCACAGCCCGUCGCCCCACCAUGACCGUGUCGCCUAUGGGCAUUGUAUCUACGCCCUUCGUCUCACCCGGCCUGAAUGCGUCGGAGGGGGCCUCAUCCGAGUCUCCACCGGCGCCCUUCGCAGCCACGGUCGUUCAGUUGGCCAUAGCUAUAUAUGUUCCUCUUGGCUUCUUCGUCCUCAUGUACUUCGUGUACCGGCAAUCCUUUGCGAGCGCGGAGGAUACAGACGACGGAUCGUCCAUGGAACUUGGCGACGCUGUACGGGAAUCAGGCACUGAGGGGCAUCCCACCCUUUGGCGCGAACUGUCUAUUUCCUCAAGCACGACGGUUUCGACAAACGACCAUUACACCUCACCCUUCGAACCCAACCGCCGCAAGGACGCUGGCCCGAGGUCAUCUCCCGAGCGCCCUCGUAGCCAGGAAGUAUCGCGGCCUCCGACAUGCCACAACGGCGUCCCUAAAAUUCCUCCCCCAGCUGUGGCAAUGCCCCGCCAGGUGACCUUCUCUAAGCCCGUCGACGUUCGCGGCCGGGGGACUCUCUUGUCCGCGCUGGACCCCGUGAAGCAAUUUCCACAGGCCCCCGAGGUGUUGUCGCUCUGUGGACAGGGCUGA